AGUACUGCUUAUUGGCAGCAGGUGCAGGUCACGAUGAAGACACCAGUUUUACCAAUACAUCCCGAUUUAUUUUUAUUCUCCCCGUAUUGAGCGCUCGGGUUAAAAAUUCCGUGUGUUGCGAUUACGUGUGGCGGUACUUCUACUAGUGCUACCUGUACAACCACAUAAACACCGUAUACUUGCUUGUGGAAGAAAUCCAUGUUGUCACUUUCUACUUCCCGCGGGGGUGGAGUUGCAGCACUUCCAGCAGUUUCACGAUUGGACAGAAACUACAGGGGAAGAACAAGCUCUGCCCGGACAAUGACAAGGAGAAGUGGUGGCCCCGCAGCUUUUAUUCGCUAUGCCGCCGCUGUUGCGGCCCUUAAAAAUGUGUACGGCUACAGGGUCUUCGCGACGACAUCAUCACAGACCAACGACGUGAAGAGGAGCAAAAAGAAGGUGAAUGCCUCCGCUUCAAGAUCAAGAACUGCCACGGUCGUGAAAACAGCGAGAAGCCUGGGGAAGAUGGGGUCCUCGACGUCGGGCGGGGCCGCGACGAGAGCUACAGCUGCAGAAAUUGUAGUAUCAACGGCUACAACCCCAGAAUCUGAAUCUCCACAACCUCCAGCUGGCGAAGUUUCUCCGGGAAGAUCCACAACUUUAGAUCAAGUAGAGGAAAGCAAAAGCGAGAGCGACACUUUUUUGCAACAAGAAACAGCACGACCUGCAGGAGCGACCAGAGGAAGAACUUCAACUGCAAGUGACAUCGCAACAGAAAACACACUGAUUACCCUGUCGAAAGCAGACUUGGCGGGUUUGAUCAAAGACUUGAAGGAGGAAAUUUUACACGAGAUUUUCGCGCCCGAAGGAGAUGAACUAGAGGGGGAAGAUCAUUCUGCUCAUGAUGCUGGGCUAAUCCCAAACGCCCUGAGCAGUAGUUCGAUUGCUGUACCCCCCGAGGAGAAGGACUAUCAUGAUCUGCAGGAACUACAACUCAGUGGAAGCAGCAGUAGUUCCUCCAGCACUUCUUCUUUUAUCGAAGCAGAGAAGGUGAAAAACAACGAUCCGCAAACCCACAAGCCGAGAUGGUGGCGCAAGAUGUUCUCGCGCAACAUGAACGACCUCGAAAGCGGAGGACGAGGACAUGAUCCACAAGAAACCAUGAGCCGAACGUCGUCUGCUCAGAGGCGGAGCCUGAGCCCCGAUGAAAAUCAUGCCGCGCAGGAUGAGUUUUCCUUGACUUCUAUCCCGAGCGGCACUAUCAGCACCAUAUCAAAUGCAAAAAUGUCUGCGUCUCGAAGGUUGCAACUUGUCAUGCUGCAUCUGGAUACUACAAAAAUCUGUAUUGCGUGAACCGCAAAAGAGGUCCAGUUUUUGUCACGACGAGGGGGUAUUUCUCAUGCGGUAUAGGUAUGACGAGGCCCUCACAAAAUCUGUGAUGCUAGGGCAUGCAGCACAGACUUCAGGAGUCAUGCACACUGUGGACGACAAACCUGGCAUUCUUCCAGACCCAGACAUAUUUGCAAUGCAUACACCAUCAACUCCAUUAAAUCGAUCGACAAAAUCGCGCACGUCCAGGUGGAAAAUUUUUCCUUCAUGUUGUCGUAUCCUGUGCAAAAGUAAAUCGUGCUCGUAUUGCAAUCAUGCAUCACAAAUCUUUUUCUUAAGCAAAAUCAGCAUUACAAAUUUUAUUUCUCAUGCUGAGGAAAUUUGUAAUGCGUUUAUACGAGCACGAGGAUACAACUUUUGCAAUUCAUAUGUCGCUUUCCCUAACGAUCGUCCUGUGGUCCAUCGUCUUGUCCGAAAUCUUAUUGUUGGUUUUCGCGCUGCUCUAUUUCUGCGGCAGUUUCGCCCCGGGCGGCUGUUGCGCUAACGUGGCAGGGAACAAAAGUUUUUCCCAUGUGGUAUGGCGUUCUCAACUGUUACAUUCUCAAGUGUUACAUGGAUUUGUCAUGCGAGAAUGGGAAAAGUGAGAGGGGGGAGGUUGCAUCUGUAGCAUUACAAAUUCCGAACAGAUUCGGGUGCUGUUUAGCCAUUCGCAAAUUUGUCAUGCGAAGCAGCUUGAUCGUGUGGAUCUUGAUGAUCAUUUUGCAUGACAAAUCAUGUAACAGUUGAGAAUGUAACGUUUGAGAACACCAUAUGUGGCGCAGAUGGAAAACAAGCGGGUGGCGCAGAAGAUGGAAAAACGAACGUGGGCGGAAAAACCGAUUGAAGAAGGCGCUCCUGUCGCAGCAGGAAGAACAGUCGCAGGAUCAGGAUCACAGCAACCUGGUGGUGCGACAACGACAGAGGAAGCUCCUGCCACAGCCGCCGGUGCAGCUGCAGUGCCGCUGUUUUACGAAGCUGCAGGAGGUGACUAUGCCUAUCCGGGAGCAGGCCUGAAUGCUGCACCCAGAAUCGCCAACAACAUCGCUGGAUCGCCGGUUCUUGCGGGUGGAUCUUCCCCACCUCCUGAGCAUAAGAAUCAAAACGCCAACAUCAGUGCGUCCUUUGGGGCGGGCAUGUAUCAAAUGUAAAAAUGUCUGGGUCUGGAAGAUUGCCAGGUUUGCCAUGCACAUUUUGCAUGACUCCUGAUGUCUGUGAUGCAUGCCCUAGCAUCACAGAUUUGCGAGGGCUUCCCGAUGCCUAAACCGCAUGACAAAUGCUCUUUCCGUGUAGCAAAACUUGGACUCUCUUUGCUGCUCAUGCAAUACAGAUUUUUUUAGAAUCCAAAAUCAGCAUGACAAGUUGGAUUCUUCCAGACCCAGACAUUUGCACAGUUGAUAGCAUGAGAUCGUCUAUUACUGAGGCCGCGGGUGUAGACCGUACGCACAUACUGAAAAGAGACCACGACCUCCACCAUCCUGGUUCUGCGGCGUCAAAUGCGGGCGAGGACAAAAAUUUUUAUGCAACACCGUUUCGAAGAACAAGUCCGCAGGACCACGUGGAAACGACAUCAAGUCUCGACGUAAUAAAACUCGAGCCGCGACAGGCCCCGAUGAAGACGAAGCGUUUCACUUCGGAUAUCAAAUGUAAAAAUGUCUGGGUCUGGAAGAUUGCUACAUUUGUCAUGCAUGUCCGACAUGGCUCAAGAAUCUGUGAUGCAUGGGCACAAAGCUGUCCUCUUACCUGUCAUGCAAAAACGCAGUUUGCCAUGCGGAACACGCAACACGUAGGAGCCCAAAAAUUUGUCAUGCUUGGCUCCGUAUUGCAGUGGAACUCGUCCCAUUCACUUUUAGCAUUUAGAUUUACAAAUUUCCAGACCCAAACAUUUUUACAUCUGAUAUCGGAGGACGUAGAAACAUUCCGCAAAGAGAACGCACAAGACCCCGCUGGUCCACCGCCUCGCUCGCCACCAAGGACACUUAUCCUGAGUAAAAACGUACCCACACCAGAGUCAGCAUGGGGAUUUUGCAACACAAACCUAGGAGUUUUGUGAGUCACGCAUGACAAGUUUCAGUCCGUAAGGUAGUGCAAGUUAGGAAGGAAAGCCGCGUCACAAAUCGGCCUUCUGAUCCUGUUUACAGCAUUACAAGUUCCCAAACACGAUUGAAAAUGCCUGUCAUGGGGUUGCGCAUCACAAAUGUUCCUGUCAUGGCAAGUCUGCAUGACAACUCUGGGGUGGGUACGUUUUUACUCAGGAUCACACUUGUCGCGCCAUCAUCUCAACAACAGGACCACCUUCCUCGGUCUAGCGCUGCCUUGCAGAUGCAGACCAAAACGAUUCUGCCCACGACCUCGCAAGAAACCAACUUGAUCUUGAUGUCGGUCGGCGGAGCAGGGCCGCCCACUGUGCUUGAAGAACAGCAAGAACAACACAAGAACUUGUUACCAACCACCACCAUGGCAACCAAUUUCUUUUCGGUCGAGGCACUACAAAAAGAAGAACCGGAGCUUUACUACAAUUUACCUUCUGGAGGUGCCGGCACCACAACAGCCGCCCCCUCUGCGUCGAACAAGAAGCCGCAGUCGGGUACUGGUGGUCCCGAGCAGCGGCUGCAACAGAGGGGCCGCCGAUCAGGAGCGCCACAGCACGCACAGCCGCCGUCUUCUGCCGCCGCUCCGGUGAGUACGUACAACGCUUCUAUGGUGCCUGCUGCCGGGAUAUGCAAUGCAAAAGCAUCGCACUAGUAUAGCAUGCAUUACAAAUUCGCUUAGCAUUAGAAAUGGAAUUUGUCAUGCUGAUCUACCUUGCGACGGAGAUUUGUAAUGCAUAAAUGCAAUUACGACGAGUGCGAUACUUUUGCACAGGAUACGGGACGAAGCUGUCGCAAAUGCAAUCUACUGUAGUGCCGAAAUCGCGGUCAAGAACUCCCUCACCCGUCUCGAUGACCCACUCUGCCCUGGUUGGGAGUACGAUAGAGCAAAAUUUUUCGAAUUCUUGAAUCGUCGCCAGGCGAAGUUGAACACGGGGAGGCUUUCUUGUCAUGUCUGUGGUUCUGUCAUGAUUAAUAAAGUCGUGAUCUUCCUCGUGCAGCAUCAACAUCGACUACAACAUUGAAUUUGUAUUCCAGCUUCCCCUCCCUGUAGUUUAAUAGAGCCUCCUAGUGAACAAGAACUAGACAAGAAUUUUUUCCGUUUCAUAAUCCAGACGCAGCGGCCAAGCCUCCACGAGGUCGGAGAGUGGGUGGACGAAUGAAGAUGUGAAGCGGUUGUACUGCCUGACUCUGCUUUGGAGUGUAGGCAUUUUGCUUUUACAACCCAGGAAGGUACUGGCGCGACAUAAUUUUUCCAAAUUGCACAUGUCACAGAGUGGUACUAGGGACGUUUUCAACAGGGGAUUUGUUUUUCGACGGCCCUCGUCCUAGUAUCGCCGAUGAAAUCGAACUUCUACUCCGACUGAUGCUUGUUGAAGAAAUGAAGUCACGAUCUGAAAUAGCCUUUCAGUCGAGCAGCCCCCUUGUUGCUAUUCGUUUUUCAAUGUUGCCCUUUUUCUAGAAGUUGCUCGAGUUCACUUCACACCCAUUUAUUUGCGGUUUGUUACAUGUUUUCACUAUUCUCUUUCUACUGCCCCUGCUAUUUUAUCCAUCUCCUGUGCAUUUUUAAAUUUGCCAUCCCCGCGGCCUUGCACUUGUCGCAUGUGUGCAAUCAGCAGCCCCCUCUCGCCGACAUCCGAACUAGAACUGAGCAAGGACAUGCUGUUUGUUUAUGUCUUCAUCUGUAACGCCCCCCGGGAGUACUAGGAUCUGCUUGAUAUAAUUAUCAUCCCUCUUGCAACGAACACCUCUUCCCCGCACGAAAAAACAUUAAGUGUUGCACGAAAAAGAAGGGCUUUUCCACAGUCGUCGG